AUGCCUUUUCUUUGGCAGCUGCCCCAAAGGCUGCUCCUGCUGGGGACAGCCGCCAUGACUGUGUCUGCCUUGGGGACAGCCGACCUGACCGACCUGUGCGGACAGACGUGGCAGGGGGACGCGCUGCAGCUGCGAUCUCACUCGGCUUCGCGCAAGUUCUACUUCGUGAUUCCGGACACUGACUGCAUGCUGUGGUUGCAUGCUGCAGCCCCUGAAGACAGAAUGCGCUUCCAGUUCCGCUUCUUUCUGGUUUACAGUCUGUCCUCGGCCACCCGGACCUCCGCAGCCAUCCAGGCUACUGUGGCCACACCAAUCUCCAAAGCAUCCUCCCGGGACCCAUGCACAAAGGGCUCCUACCUGCAGUUCUACGACGGGCCGCAGGAGGCGCCCCGGGCCCUGGGGCCCCGGAUCUGUGGCCUGACCAUCCCAGCCCCAUUUGUGUCCUCCGGGCCCUGGCUUGGCUUGCGCCUGGUCACCAGGGGCCGCCAACCCCGGGUGGACUUUUUGAGCGAGGUCACCUCUUUCCGCCUGGGGUCUUGUGGCACCUACUUCCGCUGUCGGAACGGCAGAUGUGUGCCCCGGAGCCUACUAUGUGAUGACUGGAACAUGGACAACUGCGGCGACGGCAGUGACCAGGACUCCCACCCCCCAGCCAACUGCAGAGGUCCCUCUCUGGUGCCCAAGAACUCGGGGACAAUGGAAGAUGACAGUUCCAAGCCUCUGACUCUCCUUGUGGCUCCUGGUUCCGCAGCUGAGGGGACCCCUCCAGCAGGCCUGAUGCCCAUCACACAAGAGGUGUUGGAAGAAGGUCCCUGGCUCUGCUGGGUGGCUCUGGCCUCCUUGAUACUGCUGACCUGCACUGGCCUCCUCUGGUGCUGCUGCUGCUGCCCGGGUUGCCUGGCCUGGCACCCAGGUGCCCACAGGUUUCGCCUCAGAUGCUGUGCAGCCUGCAAUGCUUGUCACCUAUGUCCUAGCCGGGUGGCUCCUGGGGGUCUGUGGCUGACCUGGCCAGCCUUCCAGAACCAGGGAGGUCAUCGUUAG